CCUUGUCGAAAAAUGCUAGCGUAGCGCGAAUCCAUAGCAAAGUCUAACCCUAACCCCGCCACCACGCGCACACCCGCUAAGUAGCACAUCUCGACAGGUAACACAUAUCGACACAACACUGGCCCGUCCGACUCGCUCGCUACCGACACAUCACUAGUGGUGGGAACGGCCGUCUGAACCCGUCAAGCGAUCUCCGCCCGUCAGACGAUAUCCGGUGUCCCAGACGUCCUCCCCUGGAUCCCUGUCCUCUAUGCAACGCAGUAGAAACUACCAGGGAAUACUAUUUGGCGGGUGGUGCCUCGUAAAACGUUGUUUACAAAACUUCACUGUAACUUAACUGGCGUUGCACUCUGGACGAUGGCCAAAAUGAUUACACGGCUGGGGUCUCUAACGCGGUACUGUCGAUGCCCGUCAUUCAUGUACCGGGGACUCACAAGUCGGAGGGAUUUUCAUGUUGGCUCACUUAUGGCGACUUACAACCUUAGAAAAGUGGAAUUAACGCCGCUGGAGCAGCGCAAACUGACGUUUGACUCCCACGCCGUCGUCACUGCGCUGGAGAACAGCGGUUUUGACAAACGUCAAGCAGAGAUCAUAGUUUCGGCACUUGUGACGUUGUCAACAGCGAACAUGGACAUUGUGUAUAAGGAUAUGGUGACGUCAUCACAUCAGGAGAUUGCUCUGCAGCAGAUCAUGUCUCACUUAGACUCCAUUCGGAAAGACAUGGUGAUCUUAGAGAAGAGUGAGUUUGCCAACCUCCGCUCCGAGAAUGUGGUACAUAAGUUCUCUACACUCCCCUCUUUUACACUGUCCUCCUUCCAGAAAAUGAAAAGAGAAAUGGAUCAACUUAAAAACAGACUGAUGGAGGAAAGUCAGAAGAUCAGAGCAGAGACCAAACUGGACAUCAACCUGGAAAGAAGCAGGAUCUCAGACAUGUUUACAGAACAGGAGAGGAAGCUUAUGGAGACCACCACAGAGUUCCACGGGAAGAAAGCAGACAUUGACCAUGACAACAUGGAAACCACUAAGAAGAUCGACUUGGAGGUGGCUUCACUGAAGACCCUCCUGGAGUCCCUCAAACUGGAGACCGUACGUUACCUCGCAGCGUCUGUGUUUGCCUGCCUGACCAUUGCCUUGGGUUUGUACCGUGUCUGGAGGUGAAGGACUUGUCCCAAGAUCUUUGACAGAAACAAGAGAUCCACCAUAAUCACUGAUGAGAAUUUCGCCUUCAUUUUUGCCUGUUUUUAUCAGAAUCUGUACCAGCUGUAAUUGAAUGUUCUCUGGCCUAUUGGUCAGGCUUAAGUUGAAGUAUACAUUUGACUGGUAUUUUACCUCAAUCUUUAUUUCAAUUAAUGCAGUGUAUUUAAAAUUCCUAGUGGGAUUAUUUUAAAGCAAAUUAUGGUUUUAGGCUCAAGGCAGAUGCAAUCUAUGUGGGGUGUGCUGCAUUGCAGUAAACUGAAUAAUCUUAAGGAGCAUUAAUCCUCUGUUUGCAGUUUAGAGAGGUUUUUUUCCCCCUCCCCCUAAUUGUACCCGGCCAAUUACCCGACUCUUCCGAGACGUCCCGGUCGCUGUUCUACCCCCUCUGCCAAUCCAGGGAGGGCUGCAGACUACCACAUGCCUCCUCCAAUACAUAUGGAGUCGCCAGCUGCUUUUCGCCUGAGGAGUUUCAACAAGGGGGCGUAGUGCGUGGGAGGAUCUCGCUAUUCCCCCCAACCCCCCUCCCCCUCAGGCGCCCCGACUGACCAGAGGAGGCGCUAGUGCAGCGACCAGGACACACACCCACAUCCGGCUUCCCACCCGCAGGCACGGCCAAUUGUGUCUGUAGGGACCCCCGACCAAGCCGGUGGUUACACGGGGAUUUGGACAGGCGAUCUCCAUGUUGGUAGGCAACGGAAUAGACCGCUACACUACCUGGACGCCCUGUACUCUUAUUCUGACCAGAGAACUUUCUCAUUCUAGUAACCUUUUUUCAGGAUUGUAAUUUGCACUCAUGCUGUCUGUUUGUAUGAUAAAGACCACUGAAGCUGCUCUAAAGGUUUACAAGAGUCAGUAAAAUAGUUCCUGCCAUGGAAAUGUUGAAUGACGGUAAUGUGUUCACUUUUUCACUUUUAAACAUAAGAGUUUAUAGUUGUAGGUUAAGGGUCUAAGAUGAGCCAAGUUGUUGGAAGUCAAACAUUUAGCUUUGCAACCUUCAUUAGAAUGAAAGCAAAUUCAUUGGGAUGCAGUGGCCUUUUCACACACACACACACACACACAAAGAACACUUAGGGAUGUUACAGACGAUUUAAAGUUAUAAAUGGAUAAAGAAACCUUAAAUACUCUUUGCCUGUCCGUUUCAACACCGAGAAACCCUCGGCUUUAACUAAGCUUUCUAGUGCAGCGGAUGUUUGGGGUCUUGUGCAGAUAUGUUGAUGCCCCUAUACAGGACUGUCUUAACAGUAGGCCACCCUGCUGAUGCCAAAUAAACAAACAUAAAAAUAAAAGACAAGAA